AUUGUGUUCAUAAAAUCUCACAUCGUAGAGCAGGAGGAAUAUGUUUGAAACCCCACCAAGGUUUCAUAUCAAACAUCAGUAGUCGUUUAAUCAUUUCUCGGCAGUUCUCCCUGCUGAGUGUGCUGUUGCAGAGGUAGCCAGUUAACAUGGGACCUGGUGGGCCAGGGGGUCCUGGGCCUGGUGGACCUGGUUGGGGUCCUGGGCCUGGUGGACCUGGUUGGGGUCCUGGUGGUGGAGGACCUGGCGGGCCAGGAUGGGGUCCUGGGCCUGGUGGGCCAGGCUGGGGUCCAGGCCUGGGUGGACCUGGCUUCUUUGGGCCUGGCGGACCUGGCUUCUUUGGGCCUGAUGGGUUUUUUGGUGGAUGUGCAAAUGGUUUAUGCAGCCUUGUAUCUUCAUGCUUCUACUGCUUGUGCUGUUGUUGGUUUUUCCGAGAUUGUUUUGGUGGUCCAGGCAUGGCACCUCCUUUCUGAUAACAGGAACAUUAUCACUGUUAUUAUUAUUAAUUUGGAUUAGAAGAGUUGAAGAUUUACUUGCUGCCGCCCAUGACUGUCAGACCAUGUCCAUUGUUCAUUUAAUUCGAAGGUUGUGUUAUUUGUAUUUCAUUCCAGUUUUUAUGCUUUAGCUGACUCCCAAGUCACUUUUUUAUCCCAUGUAAUCAGAGGCUAUUGUUAUUAUACACGUCUUAUUUAUAAUAGUCUAUAACUUCAUCAUUAUUUAA